AGUGUUGAGUCAACAACGCUGCAUCUGGGAGGCUGAGGCAGCAGCAGCAGCAUCUCUGCUGUGAUGAGGCGAGACAGAGAGGGGAUGACACCAUCCGCCAACCACACAGCUGCACCACGGCGCAUCUUCCUCUUUAAGUCGGUUUAACGCCAUUCCGUUAGGUAACGGACGACCUGGUUUUUUUUCUUUUUCUUUUUUUUUUUUUUUCUUCGCGCUGCCUGGUUCGCAGGUCGGUUGCCAACGGGAGCAGAGCGAGCUAACCUGGCGGAUAUUUUUGAUCGAACUUGCUGCUGCUGCUGCUGCUGCUGCUGCUAGCCCCGCCGCUACCCUUCAGACAUUCAAGCGGCCGCGUAAAACAUGCGGAGCAUCGAGGCCGAGACCCCUGGGAUAUCUUUAAGCGCUUCCCGUAGGACACGACCUUCGGCUGGACGCUGACUGGACUCCGCGGAGCCGCUGUAGAGGACAGAGAGCGACAGAUCUCAAGGACCAGAUUGUCCGCUGAACUUUUUGCCUCCUAAGACAGAUCGCCGGGGACCAUGCUGACCAUCUUGGCUGCUGGCUCUGUGUUCUUUCCAGGCCUUUUCCUUCUGUCCAAGCAAUGCCUGAAGUCCAUCCCAGCGCUGCGAUGGAGCGAAGGAGACGCGGUCAUCGUAUCAGCCAGGUUGGUGUCAUCGGUUCAGGCAGUCAUGGCUUCCUCAGCUGGCUACAUCAUUGCUUCUUCCUGUGAGGACAUUAUUGAGGACCAGCACUGGCUUACCAGCACCUACAUCAUGUUCGCCGUCCCCUACUUCGUCUACGACAUCUACGCCAUGUUCAUGUGCUACUGGUACAAGCUGCGGGUGAAAGGACACGAGGAGGCCUCGGCGGCCCCCCAACACGUGGGCUCGGCAGUGAGGAGCUACUUGCGGCGCGAGUUCCUGAUGGUGCUGCACCACGUUGUGAUGGUCACCGUCUGCUUCCCCGUGUCUGUGUUUUGGCGACAAGGAAAGGGAGAUUAUUUCCAGGGCAUAAUGUUCAUGGCUGAGCUCAGCACUCCAUCCGUCUGCUUAGGAAAAAUACUCAUCCAGUACAAACAGCAACACACUCUGCUGCACAAAGUGAACGGGGCUCUUAUGCUGGUCACUUUUUUCAUCUUUCGAGUCCUCCUCUUCCCUUACCUCUACUACGUCUAUGGAAGGUACGCGUCUAUCCCCUUCCACAUGGUUCCUCUGACGGUACCCUGGCACUGUAACGUCGGCGCCGCUCUGCUCAUGGCGCCCCAGCUCUACUGGUUCUCCCUCAUCUGCCGGGGCGCCCUGCGGCUAUUCACCGGCACGUCCCGCUCCCAGAGGCCGCGCGCGCCCACCGCCGACGCCAAGGAGCACCCGACGGACGGCAGCGCGCCGCCGCAGCCCGCCAACGGCUACAGCACGCGCUCCUCAGAGCCCGAGCUGACCACUCACUGAGAGGCGUGACGGCGAGGGGGGGCGGGGGGGAACGGGGGGGGACGGGAGGGAAGGAAGGCGAAUGUACCAAUGAGUAUAGACGAUGACCUCGAAUCACGCUGAAGUGUUUAGAGCCGGCUAAAGGAGUUGGUGGCUGAGCGCUGAGUACGUCAGCCCCGUAGUCUGUAGGAACCAAAUGGAGCUUUAGGGCACUCAGUAUUUAAGACGUCAUCAGGCACUGUGACGGAUAGCAUCACGCACCGACCCCAGAGGAAUCCGCCUGGAUGUUUAGCGCGCGUAGGUGGCCGUUUCCCUCACCUAGAUCAAAUACAGUCCGCUCUGCCUGCUAAUAUGGGGAGAGCAGGAAAAUAGGAAUGUAUUAUACUGUAUGUUAGUAUGUUUGCUGUAGAUGAGAGGCCUGAUUCAGUUCAGUAACGAAGAAGACCUUCAAAAAAAAAAAAAAAGUAAAAAAAAAAAAAUCUGAGCUAAGCAGUAUUUUGACUUGUUAGUGUUUAUCUGUAUCCUCUAUGUAGACACUGUCACUCUAACAACAUGUAACCAACCUGCAGACUGACUCAUCUUUAGGAGGGAGAUACUGUCAUUAUACUGUAUUCUGCUGCCUUACCCCCCCCCCCCCCCC